UCUCCCACAAAUCACCCAUUCCCUCUCCUUUACUAUCAAACCAUAAACAUAUAGUACUAUUGGGAAAUUCUUAAAUAUUAUUUCUUUGCUUUUCUUUGUGCUUUAAGGUAGAGAUAAGAGCUGCAAGGGAAGUAGCAAAAUGGAGCAGACAAAAGGAAAUGAAAUGAGAAAUAUUAAUGUUACUGAUGAUCAUGACGAUGACGAGAAAUGGGUUUAUGAUUCUUCUGUUGAUCAUAAAGGAAGACUUCCCCUUCGAGCUUCCACUGGUGCUUGGAAAGCUUCUCUCUUUAUCAUCGCAAUCGAGUUCAGUGAAAGGCUGAGUUACUUUGGGAUAGCAACGAGUUUAAUCAUUUACCUCACCAAGGUGAUUCACCAAGACCUCAAAACUGCAGCGAGGAGUGUCAACUACUGGGCUGGUGUCACCACCUUGAUGCCAUUGUUUGGAGGUUUCAUUGCUGAUGCUUACUUGGGCCGCUUUUUUACUGUUCUUUGUUCAACCAUUGUCUACCUUUUGGGAUUGAUUCUGUUGACAAUGUCCUGGUUUGUACCAAGCUUAAAAGCAUGCGAGGGUGAUGUGUGUGCUGAGCCAAGGAAGGCUCAUGAAGUGGCCUUUUUCCUUGCCAUAUACUUGAUCUCCAUUGGAACGGGAGGCCAUAAACCUUCAUUGGAGAGCUUUGGAGCUGACCAGUUCGACGAUGAUCACCCACAGGAGAGAAAGAACAAGAUGUCUUUCUUCAACUGGUGGAACUCUGGUCUUUGCUCUGGACUCUUAUUGGGCGUCACUGUAAUUGUAUACGUUCAAGACCAUGUCAAUUGGGGCAUUGCGGAUAUUAUUCUCACUGUAGUAAUGGCUUCGUCGCUGUUAAUCUUCAUCAUUGGCAGGCCGUAUUAUCGUUACAGGAUGCCAUCGGGAAGCCCCUUAACUCCAAUGUUACAGGUUUUAGUAGCUGCCAUUUCUAAAAGAAAAUUGCCCCACCCCUCCAAUCCUGCGGAUUUGUAUGAAGUUCCCAACUCCCAAAAGGCUCAGGGGAGGCUUCUGUGUCACACCAAGAAACUUAAGUUCCUUGAUAGAGCAGCCAUUGUUGAGGAGAAGGAGAAUUCAUUUGAGAAACAGGAUCCAUGGAGACUUGUAACAGUGACCAAGGUUGAGGAGAUGAAACUUGUUCUCAACAUGAUUCCCAUAUGGCUAGCAACAUUACCCUUUGGAAUCUGCGUAGCCCAAGCUGCCACAUUCUUCAUCAAACAAGGUGUCGUUAUGAACCGUAACAUUGGCGGUUUUCUCAUCCCACCAGCUUCCAUUUACUCUCUAGCCGCCAUUGGAAUGAUAACGUCGGUAAUCAUAUAUGAAAAGAUCCUCGUACCAAUACUAAGGAAAGCAACUGGAAACGAACGAGGCAUCAAAAUCCUCCAGAGGAUUGGCAUUGGGAUGCUUUUCUCAAUCGCUACAAUGAUAGUUGCAGCCCUUGUGGAGAAAAAGAGAUUAGGUGCAGUCAAAAAGGACCCAGUGAAUGGCUCCCUCUCAAUGAGUGUAUUCUGGUUAGCACCCCAGUUCCUCAUCAUCGGUGCAGGAGAUGGAUUCGCCCUGGUGGGCUUGCAAGAGUAUUUUUAUGACCAAGUACCUGAUUCCAUGAGAAGCUUAGGCAUUGCAUUUUACCUCAGCGUGAUUGGAGCUGCAAACUUCCUUAGCAGCCUGCUCAUAACGCUCGCUGAUCACGUCACUGAGAAGGGAGGGAAGAGCUGGUUCGGCAAAGACUUGAACAGCAGCCGCUUAGACAAUUUUUACUGGCUAUUGGCAAUUAUGACCAUGGCGAACUUGCUCCUCUUUGUUUUCGUGGCAAAGCGUUACUCUUACAAAAAUGUCCAGAGCUUGGCUGUCGCUAAUUGCAAUGAAGAUGACCAUGAUGCUGCUGGAUCCAUGGCUUAACAUUAAUAACUCGUUGUGUCUUCACAUAAAUAAAGAUAUUGGUGCUAUUGUUUAGUGUUUCCUAGUCUUCAAUCAAGGCAAGUUAUGAGAUUGUAGCGUAGUAGUAAAGCUCAAUUUGUUGCUUGUAUCAGCUUGUAAUAUCUUUCUAUCAGUAAAUCAACUUGAAUUUGUCCA